AUGCCCUCGGAACUAGAAGAGCUCACGGGCUUCAUGGCCAAUCCCAACCCUCAGAUUCGCAAGAUUGCCCUGGAAAACUUGGUCCCGUACUCGACGGCUGAGCCGACAGUCUUCAAGAUCAACAAUCUAGAGCCCAUCAAGCACCUCAAGAAUCUGAUACUGGAUCACCCGAAAAUAGCCGACCAUGUCCUCACCAUCCUGGUCAACUUAUCCGGCGACCAAGCCGUUCUGGAGAACCUAGCCUCAGACGACAAGUUCCUCAGCGCGGUCUUCAGACACAUAAUUAACCCGGAGGAGCCCAACGCCAACGUUCUGGCAAUGCUUCUAGCCAACCUAGUCAAGAACGACUCGCUCAAGACCAUCCUGCAGCGCAAGCAGCCGGCGCCUGAGGAGCUCAGGACGGACGACACUAUCCUCAACCAGCUGGUGGACCUGUUCGUGCGCGGCCAGGACGGCGCGUACAACAAGGGCGCCGACUACGACUACCUAGCCUACGUCUUCGCCGACCUCUCCAAGCACGACGACGUGCGGCGCUACUUCCUCGAGCCGCAGCCGUACGACGGCGUCGUGCCCCUGUCCAAGCUCAAGGUCUUCACCGAGCACAGGUCCGACAUACGCCGGAAAGGCGUGGCCAGCACCAUCAAGAACGUCGCCUUCGAGGUUGGCGCCCACCCGGCCCUUCUCGACCACGAGAGCGACGUCGGCAUCCUGCCUUACGUGCUCCUCCCCAUAACCGGAAGCGAGGAGUACGACGUCGACGACACAAUGGACAUGCUGCCCGACCUGCAGCUGCUGCCGCCCGACAAGCAGCGCGACCCGGACAGCGCCAACAUCGUCACCCACCUCGAGACCCUCAUGCUGCUCACUACCACCCGCCAGGGCCGCGACCACCUCCGUCAGAUCAAGGUCUACCCCAUCGUCAGGGAGACCCACGCCCACGUCGACGAUGCCGAUGUCAAGGAGGCCUGCGACCGCUUCGUACAGGUCAUCAUGCGUGACGAGGAGGACACCGAGAAGAAGGACGGUGACUCUGCCGCUGUCCCGGACGAGAGGGUAAAGGAGGUCGAUGAGGAGGAUGAGCUCGUCGAGGUCUAG